AGUAAAUAGUGGUGAUGUCAUGCAGGCAAGAUGGCGGAAGGGGAGGACGUGGGAUGGUGGCGGAGCUGGCUGCAGCAGAGCUACCAAGCAGUCAAAGAGAAGUCCUCUGAAGCCUUGGAGUUCAUGAAGCGGGACCUGACAGAGUUUACCCAGGUGGUGCAGCAUGACACAGCCUGUACCAUCGCAGCCACGGCCAGCGUGGUCAAGGAGAAGCUGGCUGUGAGUACCACCCAAACCCUCCCAAGUAACUGCCCCUCGCAACCUGUCCUGUCCUGGGUUCCCAACUGUUAAGUGAUUAUUUUUUUCUACCGUUAAGUGAUUAUUUUUCCUCCCAUUUUGAAAGAAUUGUGCCUGGCGACCAAACAAGCUGCAUAUUUUAAGUAAUAAUUAGUUUUCCCACUUCUGUAUUGUUUUAGCAAAUGCUUUCCAUCAGCAAGUCAUUCAUGUUGACAAUUUAGAAAAUACAGGCAAGUAAAAGAAAAGAGAAAGAAUGAAAAAAGGAAGAAAGCGAGAGAAAGACCUAGAGACAUCCAUAACUCCAUCUCCCAAAGAUAACUACUGUUAAUAUUUUGGGGGUGUAUCCCUGAUGUACACUUCUUUUUCAAAACGGGGGUCAACUGAAUACCAUAUUUUGUAACUUUU